UGGGCGUUACUUCCUGUUUGUGAAUCAUAUGACCAAAUUGAAGUCGUAUGAUGUGAAUUUUGCAACUCGUGCACUGCAAACAUCGGAACAGUGAGUUCAGUGGAAACUGAAGCACGGUAUGUUCAGCAAAGACUUUAUGUAUUUGUGGAGAGAAUUCACUGCGUGAGAAAACUUUAUUAUCCGCGUAAUUCGGCUCCAUCUUUUGUUGUCGAUGUUGUUCAUUUGAGGCUGAGCUAACUUUUUGUUUACACCACAGUGAGUUUGGGUUAGGUAUAGAUCUUGACUUUAAUCAGACAUGAUGUCAUAAGAAACAAUUGUAUAAGUGAGACUGAAUUGAGCAAAAAGAAGUUUGUACUCGUCGUGUUGUUUCUGUCAGGUUAAAACUGCAGGGUCAUAAUGCUCCCUGGUGUUUGAGGUACAGUCAGACUCUUUUGCAGCUACAGAGGCUAAAUACUAUCAUUGCUGCAGUACACUUACUCUUGAAAAUACUAAUGUUAGAAGAAGGAGAGUAAAAUAUUUUUAUCUCCGGUGUUUCCUAAAGGUAGCUCUUUCCUCAUGUAAUGUCUCGGUGUCAGGCCAUGUCUCUUUAACAAUAUAUCUUAAAUUCUCACACUUUGUGUGUUUGUGUGUGUGUGUAUAUGUGGUUGUGGGUGAGUGAGGGUGGGUGUGUGUCUUUGUGUGCGUGUGGGUCCAUGGGUGUGUGUGGGUAGAAGGGUUGGGUUUUUGUCAUUAUUGUUGUUUUUAACCUCUGUGAGGCACUUUGAAUUGCAUUUUCUUUUGUAUGAAAAGUGCCAUAUAAAUAAAGUUGAAUUUGAGUGUUUUAGAAGUAAGCUUUGUACAAUACUGUAUUAUACUGUGUUUGAUGUGUUUUAUGUCCUCAGCUGAUUUCUCAUGAUUUUUAGGUGGUGCCCAACACGACAUGCAUCAUAUCCCUCAUCUAGCUGAGCGUGAGCCCCAGUGACCCCCCUCCCUUUAACACCAUGGAUCCUGACCAGCAAAUCAGUGUACAGCCCCAGCCAAGUGCGGUGUACCUCUCAUGGGAGUACCGCCUACAGCUCAUUGGACUGGGCUUUGCUUUCUAUGCAGCGAUAUUCCUCAUCUCCCACCUCCUGUCUUUGGCAGGGUCACGUACCUACAACUCCCUGCUGGCCAAGGAGCAGGUUUUCUGGAACCUUGCAGCAACACGGGCGGCAUUUGGGAUCCAGAGUUCUAUUGCUGGUCUCAGGGCUUUGAUUGAAGACUCUGCAUUGUCCAGUGACAGAGUGAGGGGACAAGAAGACUGGUCUUGGUUUAAUGUGCUCACAGCUACAGGUUUUUUUGUUUUUGAGAAUGUUGCCCUGCAUACCUCCAGUGUGGUGUUUCGGUCAUUUGACCUCCCACUGGCGACACAUCAUUUCUUCGCCUUGUCAGGAUAUGCAGGGGCAGUUGUGUGGGAUUCCAUUGGACACUUCCUGCCGAUAGUUACACUGCUGCUGGAGAUGAGCACACCAUUCACCUGUAUAUCCUGGAUGUUACUGAAGGUAAGGGGCCUAACAGUGCGUAAGUGCUGCGUAAAACUGUCAUUGCUGUCUUACUUGUGAGAAGUUUUUCUCAUUAAAUAUUUUAGCAUUAACAAGUCAAUUCUGAGUGCUUAUUUUCGCAUCUAGCACUGCUCAUUAAUCACGUUUUCGUAGUGAUUCUUGUGACUUAUCUGAAAGUACUGGAAGUGUCACCAGGUUUAGUUCCUCUUAGGUCUUGUGCAUCUUAAAAUUGUCAACAGAUAAAGUUAAACAUUCGUAGAAAGAGGAAGUUCUAUAAAAAGACUGAGUUUGUCACUAGGCUUUCUCUGUUCCUCCUACUCACUGACUUGAUUUGCUUAUAAGUUACAAAGCCAUGAAAAAUGAGUCACAAUUUAGAAUAAAAAACCAUCAAGGUCAAACUGUAGUGUAAUUUUUUCCAUCAAUCUUUCAACCCCCCCCCCCCACAGGCUGGCUGGGCCCAUACCCUCUUUUGGAAAGCCAACCAGUGGGUGAUGAUCCACGCCUUUCACUGCCGCAUGGUCCUCACAUACUACAUGUGGUGGAUAACAGUCACUAACUGGGGGGAGAUCAGCAUCGUUGUGGCCUUACCCCUACGCCUGAUCUUCUUCACUGGCCUUGCACUGCUGACGUUUAUCAUCAACCCCAUGUGGACGCACAAGAAGACCAUGCAGCUGCUGAAUCCUGUGGACUGGAACUUUGGCAACAAGUCUGCACCUGUGAACGGCUCCAUGGAGGGUCAGUCUAAGGUUUCUGUCAAGCCUCACACCAGCUGAAGUGAACCAUUACCCUUUUCAAAGAUGCCAAAACAGUUUUUCUUUCAGUCUUUUUCUAAUGGAGGUAUUGUGUGAAUUUUACAUUGUUGAUAGUUAGAUUAAUUUUGUUUUGUUUUUAAAAAAUGGAACCCAAAUUGUGUUGCAUUACAAGGGAAAUUUACUUCAAAAGAGAUUUUUGAUGGAGGACCACAAUUGUAGGGUACUGUUUGAUGACUAUCUUCCCUUACUAUUUCCGGAGAGUAUAUCUAUUCUUCACCUGCUUAGCUCAGCUUUUGAAAGGUAGGUGUGGUUAUGCAGAGCACUGGAAUGGGAACCUUCUUGUUCUCAACACUUUCAGGCCACUGCAGAUUGACAUACCCACCUGGGUAGUCACAUAUGAGGUUGUAUAUUCACAAUAGGAAAAUAUAUUUAAGUUGACAUUUUUUAAGAAAACCAUUCAGGCACAAAACUUGGAAACUGAAUAAUGUUAAUGUGGAAAAAAAUUACAUAUACUGGUAUUUCUAUGGAACACUUUUAUUUUGUUAAAAAAAGUAUGAAAAUGCUGAAAAAUGUUCAUCCUUAGUAUUUCUUCUUUGGUUUUGUGAAGACAUUUAUCCAUAUAAUGCACAUCUGUUUAGAACCACAGUUUUUUUUUGUCUCUCAAUCUGUCAGACAAAAAAAUCUACUAACAUCUUGUGGAUAACAACAAACAAAAUAACUCUACAAAAGUCACAUCAACAGUCUUCUCAGAUAUGUUAGACCAACAUUAAAAAUAAUGUCCUAAAUGUUAAUGGUUGGAACUCAAGUCCCUUCACAAUUAAUCAUAUUGAUUGUUUUUAACAGGGGAUUCUUUUCUAGUUUGCUGAAAUAUUCCCCUUUGUCAUGAAAGGAAAGGCCUUUUAACAGAAUCUCCUUUGUUGGAGGACAAAGCUUCGUAUGGUCUUCUCCACAAAAGCUCUUUUGUUAAACUGGUCAUGUCAUGUUGUGAAACUGAAGCAGUACUGGCAGAAUAACCAAGCAUUCUUUUUGUUAUGAUAGUUCGUCUCAGAGUUUUAUUUGGUUUUGAGUGCAUGAUUGUUUUUACUUACUUUACUCAAGAUUUCAAUAAUAACUUUUUCACAUAAUGUCCUCACUGAACUGGAGACCUUGACAUUGUGUCUUGUUGUGUAUCAUUUCAUGUAUACUGAGUUUUUUUUAUCCUCAGUAAUUGCUCUGCUUCAACUUUCUACAUUUGUCAGUGGUUCGAUGCAAUAAUACUGCCCAAGCUGCCUCUGUGUAAUUAUGUAUGUGGGCUUAAGAAUUGUAGACCUCUAAAUUCUUACCGUCAGUAUUAACUGUGUUGUAAAUGUUCACCUGUAGAAUAUACUGUAACUCUUCAGUUGGGUUUGAAGGUUUAAUCACAUUACCAAAUAGACUAAAUCCCUUAACUACAUUGGUUCUGAUUAGUGUGAGACACGUAACAUUUCAUUUUUUGGGUUUACACACACACACACACACACACACACACACACACACACACACACACACACACACACACACACACACACACACACUGAUUUCUCUAUCUAACUAACUAUGUUGAAUCACACCUAGAAAAAUAAGGUGGUGUGUGAGGACAUGUUGCUUAACCCACCACAUUAUCCUGAUAACUGUAGCCUGUGGCAUAAAUAGUUAAAAUGACCAAGAAGUCACACUCAUCCCCAUUUCCUAAAUUGUUUGUUGCUUUGGUUUUCAUAACAGCAACUCAGUGACUAAAUCAAUGCAAAAAAAAUCAAAUACCCCCCCCCCCCCCUUUUUGUGUUUUCAUUACUUGUUUGAAGAGUCUGGUACAAAAAUAAUAUUUUAAUGAUAACAAAACAUGUGACCUCAAUUUAAAAUAACCAUCAACAAGAUAUUGUAGGAUUUUCUCUGUAUUUAUUUCCAUCUGACAGCAUAGACAGUAUUCUGCUGAGGUGGGUGAGGGUUUCAGUUUGAAGAUUUAGUGUUAUAUACGCAAUUCCAAGACAUUUGCUAACCUGUUUUUGUUUGCAAAUACAAGUUGUGCUAAUGAAAUAAAAGGAUUUUUCUUUAAUA